ACACCCACUGACACUGCAUCUUCAAGAACACAGCCUCCUAAUUGCUCGCCGGAAAACAUGGCCGCCUCUAAUCCCUCCACCGUCCACCCCAUCUGGUACCAGUUCCUUCUCGGCCGGUGGUUCUCCGUUUUCGCUUCCAUUCUCAUCAUGUCAGUCUCCGGCGCUACCUACAUGUUCGGUCUCUACUCCUCCGAUAUCAAAUCCUCCUUAGGCUACGACCAAACCACCCUUAAUUUGCUUAGUUUCUUCAAGGAUUUAGGCGGCAACGUCGGCGUUAUCGGCGGUCUAAUCAACGAGGUCGCGCCGCCUUGGGUCGUUCUCCUGAUCGGCGCCGUCAUGAAUCUCUUCGGCUACACCAUGAUUUGGAUGGCUGUAACUAGCCGGAUCCCAAAGCCCCAAAUCUGGCAUAUGUGUCUCUACAUUUGUAUCGGAGCUAAUUCUCAGACAUUCGCUAACACAGGGGCUCUCGUUACUAGCGUCAAGAACUUCCCGGAAAGUCGCGGCAGCGUUUUGGGCCUUUUGAAGGGCUUUGUCGGGUUGAGCGGCGCCAUUUUGACCCAGCUUUACCAUGCCUUUUAUGGCAACAAUUCCAAAUCUCUCAUCCUUUUAAUCGCUUGGCUUCCGGCCGCCGUCUCUGUUACUUUCCUCCGUUUCGUUCGACUCAUUAAGGAUCUCCGGCAGCCGAAUGAGCUCAGAGUCUUCUUCCAUAUCCUUUAUAUUUCUCUUGGCCUUGCUGGGUCGUUAAUGGUUUUGAUUAUUCUGCAAAAUCGCCUGAAAUUUCAUCAAAUGGAAUACGCCGGAAGUGCCAUUGUUGUCAUUGCUCUGCUUUUACUUCCUCUGGCCAUCGUUUACAGAGAGGAAUUGAGUGUUUGGAAGACUAAAAUCGAAAGCCCACUUUCGCAAUUAGAGUUAGCAUCUCAACAACAGCCGCCGCCACUGACCUCGGCGGCGCCAGUGGCGCCGCCGAGUCCUCCGUCGGGUUCCUGCUUUGAAAAUACAUUCAAACCCCCAAACAGAGGAGAGGACUACACAAUUCCGCAAGCUGUUUUCAGUAUAGAUAUGAUAAUCCUCUUCAUCGCCACCAUCUGCGGCGUCGGUGGAACAUUGACAGCGAUCGACAAUUUGGGUCAAAUCGGAGAGUCUUUGAGAUACCCAUCUCAGAGCACCACCACAUUCAUCUCUCUCGUCAGCAUAUGGAAUUACCUUGGCCGUGUAGUCGCCGGAUUCUUGUCGGAAUUUCUCUGGAAAAAAUACAAAGUCCCGCGUCCGUUAAUUUUCUUCGUAACAAUGAUUCUAUCCUGCGUCGGUCAUCUUCUAAUCGCAUUCGGAGUUCCAAAUUCGCUCUAUUUUUCUUCAAUUAUCAUCGGAUUCUGCUUCGGCGCACAGUGGCCGUUGAUUUUCGCAAUCAUAUCGGAAAUUUUCGGGCUGAAGUACUACGCAACUCUGUACAACUUGGGGGGAGUGGCGAGCCCGAUUGGAGCUUAUAUACUGAACGUGAGAGUGGCCGGACAUUUGUACGACAGAGAGGCAACGCGGCAGAUGGAGGCGGCGGGGCGGCGGCGAAAUAUUGGGGAGGAUUUGAAUUGCUUGGGAGUGGAAUGUUACAGAAAGGCGUUUCUUAUAAUCACGGCGGCUACUGUUUUAGGGGCGUUUGUUUCGUUGAUCUUGGUGGUUCGGACAUGGAAGUUUUAUAAGGGCGAUAUUUACCGGAAGUUCAGGGAGGAAGCAGGUGAGGAGGUGGAGGUGCAAAUGGCGGCUCCGACGAACAGUGCGGUGGCGAAAAGUCAAACUGCUUAGGGACUUUUAUCCACACUGUGUAUCAUUGUUUAAGGCUCACAAGUUAGUAUAGAAAAUCUUACUGGUCGCAUCAAAUUUUCAUCUUAAAAAGGGUAUUUUAGUCAUUUAAAUCAAAUAGGUGAGUAGUGUAAGGAUAUUUUAGUCAUUUAAACUAAAUAGGUGAGUAGUGUAAGGAUAUUUUAGUCAUUUAAACCAACUAGGUGAGUAGUGUAAGGGUAUUUUAGUCAUUUAAACUAAACAGGUGGGUAGUGUAAGGGUAUUUUAGCCAUUUAUACCGAAUAGAUGAGUAAUGUAAGGGUAUUUUAGUCA